AUGACCUGCCUCUCCUCAUUCCUUGCCCUCGCUUUGACCCUCGGCAGUACCUCACUUGCAGCCCCGGUCAACAGCGCCAGGGACGCCACACCGGCUUACACUCUCGACCCAGCUCUCCUCUCUAUUGAGAACAGCAGCGUCAAUACCAACAACCUCAGGCCCAUCACCAAUCUUGCCAAUCGCACGGCUCCAGCCAGCCACAACCCUCCACCACUUGUGGUAGGAAAAGACGGCACCAGUCGAACCGACAUCAACAAAGUGCUCACGUCUGGCCCUUGGCUCACUGCCUACCUCCAAGCUUUGGCUAGUACAGGUCCCAACUGGCCACUGGCGCGCAUUCUCAGUGUCGGUGGGUCGGUAGACGCAACACACGUCACCGUCGUCUUUACACCGCCUCUCGCCCAACGGGACCAGGGCGCCAUCUCGUUUGAUGUCAGCACAAACGCCACAUUCAACUUUGACGGUCGGUGGUGGCCCGAAGCCUACGAUACGGCUUACCCAGACCUUGUCGCAUUCUGGGACCUCCUUCCUGGUCCCGACGGUUACUGCCACGAUCUUUUCCCCUCCCUCAUGGGCUAUAAGAGCGCCUCAACCAGUGACUCGUCCCAGUAUCAGGCCAUUCUCAGCAAGGCGCCCGGUUCACCCGUCGUCGUCUACUCCAAGCCCGACGCUACCGUCCUCAAACAGUCAAACGUGUAUGCCAUCGACUACGUCCGCGGCCAGGUUAUGCUCUGGGACGGUUCAGGACCUUCGAACUUCAUGACCAUGGACACUGUGGUUGCCGACACCCAGGAAAUCUGGUACCUCCCGGACGGACAGACCGGUCCCAACCAGUAA